AUGUGCUUGCUGUUGUACAACAUUGUCCAGUCCUACCCGCCCCUCCCAGGUACAAAAGCACAAAAGAAGAAUUAUAACAAUUCCAGCUUUAGGUAUACUUCUGAACACAAAUUUCCCCCAAAUUCAAUUGAUCAUAUAACCCUAACUCAGAUUUUAUUGAGAAAAGAUUGGCAUUUGUUGCUAAACCAUGAAUUAAAGGCUGGGAGGGUGGUUCUAACCCCACAAUCUGUGGUUAGUAUUUUGCACAAUCAUGAAAACUUGUUAAUUUCAAUUAGGUUUUAUAUUUGGGUUUUGAAUAUUAAUCCAUUAUUCCAAAAGAAUCAGCAAAUUCGCGGUGUUUUGGGUAAUAAUCUAUAUAGAAAAGGUCCGGUUUUGUUGAAUGCUGAGUUAGUUGAGGAUAUUAGGAGUUCUGGGUAUCAGAUUACUGAGGAUUUUAUAUGUAUUUUGAUUGGAAGUUGGGGUAGAUUAGGUUUAGCUAAGUAUUGUGUUGAGAUUUUUGGACAAAUUUCAUUUUUGGGUCUUAGUCCUACUACUAGGUUAUAUAAUGCUGUACUUGAUGCUUUGAUAAAGUCGAAUUCGCUUGACUUGGCGUAUUUAAAGUUCCAGCAGAUGUGUGCUGAUUAUUGUAAACCGGAUAGGUUCACCUAUAAUAUCCUUAUUCAUGGGGUUUGCAAGGCCGGAGUUGUCGAUGAAGCUCUUCGGUUGGUUAAGCAGAUGUCGAGUUUAGGUUAUGCACCUAAUGUGUUUACAUAUACCAUACUAAUUGAUGGAUACUGUAAUGCUAAUAGGGUAAAUGAUGCCUUAAGGGUUUUGGAGACAAUGAGGGUUAAGAAAGUGGCUCCUAGUGAUGCUACAUAUAGGUCACUGGUGCAUGGAGUGUUCCGUUGUCUUGGGAAAAAUGAGGCAUUUAAACUGUUAUCUGGAUUUGUUGAGCGAGAAUCAAUUUUGCCUAAAGCACUUUGCGAUACUAUAUUGCUCUGCCUCUCGAAUGACUCUAUGGCCAGAGAGGCAGCUUCAUUUUUGAGAAAAUGCAGGGAAAGAGGCUAUCUGCUUGAUACUUCUGUUUUUAACAUCACAAUGAAUUGUUUAAUAAAGAAACUGAAUGUUGAGGAGACUUGUGAAAUAGUGGAUAGCUAUAUAGAAUUAGGUUUAAAUCUAUCGUUUCAAAGUUAUCUUACCCUAAUUGAAACUUUGUUCAAAGGGGGAAAAGAGAGAGAAGGAAGUCAGUAUUUGAUGCAGAUGUUUCAAGCUGGAUUACUAUCAAAUGUGAACUCGUACAAUAUGGUAAUAGAUUGCUUGCUGAAAGCUAGGAUGGCUGAAGAGGCACUAGAUAUGUUCUUAGGGAUGCAACAAGGAGGCAUUACACCAAACCUUACUACUUUCAAUACAUUAAUUGAUGGGUGUUUUAAAACUGGGAAAAUAGACAGGGCUUGUGAAUUCUUGGUGACGCUCUUACAGCAUGGUUUUAAACCAGAUAUAUUCACUUUUAGUACAGUAAUUGAUGGUCUCUGUCGGGUGAACAAGAUUAAAGAUGCAUUUGAUUGUUUUGCGGAAAUGAAGGAGUGGGGUGUUAAUCCUAAUUCAGUGACAUACAACAUAUUGAUUCGCUCUUUGUGCAUUGUUGGGGAUAUUUCUCGUUCCAUUGCAUUGUUUAAAAAGAUGCAAGCUGAUGGAAUAAGCCCAGAUGCUUAUUCAUUCAAUGCUUUGAUUCAAAGCUUUUGCAAAAUGAAUAGGAUUGAAAAGGCAAAACAUUUGUUUGUCUCCAUGCUUGCCUCGGGGCUGGCUCCAGACAGUGUCACUUAUGGUGCGCUAAUUAAAUCAAUGUGUGAUACUGGUAAAUCUCACGAGGUGAUGGAUAUUUUAAUGUCAAUGGAAGCUAAUGGAUGUGUUCUGGAUUCAUGUACCUGUAAUUUACUUGUCGAUACCCUUGUAAAAUUGGGUCAGUUCAAAGAAGCCCAGGAAGUUGUCAGUAAAUGCAACCAGUGGGGUGUAUCAGUGAAGUCUGUCUCAAUUUUGUGAGCCUUGAUUUCAAGUCCUGUUCUGGGCCUUCUGGCAUUUGAGCUGCCCCGAAGGAGGUUUAGUCCCAAAGCAUAUGCUGUGUGUUCCCAUUUACUGCUGACUUGGCUGCAUCAGA